AUUAGAGGCUGAGAGAGAACCUGAUUUUGUUGUUUUACCUUGACAUAGAAAACGCAAUGUCAAACAGCAAUCUCCAAAUACAAAUAGAGGAACCCCCUCCCGCUCAUACGCCUCUACUAACUUCUAAUUCAAAUCAAAACCCUCAACCUCUACCACCUCAAAAUCAAUGUAUUAAUAAAAAUAGCAACAAUAAUAAUGAUGCUAAUGAGGAGAGUGAGUUCGAUCGAACGCUGGCGAGUUUGGAAGCGCUUCUCACUUUGCUUGGCUUCAACCAGCGAACCGUUUUCAGCUUUGCCGUCUCAUGGACCGUCUUCGCGGUGGUUGGCACCACGAUGCCGCUGGUGGCGCUGGCUCUCUCCGAGUGCUCUGACGGCCGCAGCCACUGCCAGAAAUACCAGAUUCCUGCAUUCGAGAUGGCGAUCGUGGCGUUCCAGGCGUGCCUUGCUGCCGUCUCACUGCUGUGCCUCUCGCACAACCUGAGGAAGUACGGCGUCAGGAGGUUCCUCUUCGUUGACCGCCACAGCGGACAGUUGCAUUGCUUUCACCGCGAUUACGUCAACCAGAUUCAGGGAUCUUUGCGUUUGCUCAUUAUAUGGAUGUUGCCGUGCUUCUUUGUGAAGACAGCGCGAGAAAUCAUUCGCAUUUCAAAUGUGCAGCAUGAGUCCUGGAUACUCUCAGUUGCUAUUUUCUUUGCUUUGAUUAUAUCUUGGACUUAUGUGAGUGCAGUCUCUUUGUCGGCCACUAUUAUGUUUCACUUGGUCUGCAAUUUGCAAGUUAUCCACUUUGAUGAUUAUGGGAAACUCUUGCAAAGGGAGAGUGACGUUCUAGUUUUCAUGGAGGAGCACAUUCGGUUGCGCUAUCAUCUCUCCAAGAUAAGCCAUAGGUUCAGAAUAUAUCUUCUUCUACAGUUCUUGGUUGUCACAGCAAGCCAAUUUGUCACUCUAUUGCAGGUUACGGGAUACGGUGGCAUGCUCACUUUCUUAAAUGGUGGAGAUUUUGCUGUAUCUACACUUGUUCAAGUUGUUGGCAUCAUUAUUUGUCUGCAUGCGGCAACAAGAAUAUCUCACAGAGCUCAGGGUGUUGUUUCACUAGCAAGCAGGUGGCAUGCACUGUUGACAUGCUCUUCUGAUGCAUCUCAACUAAGAAGCUCUGCCAGUACAGGGAGCUUGGAGGCUGUAAACCAUUUAAACUCAAUACAAUUAGACUAUUCUGAGAGUGAUUUGGAGUCAAUGGAUUAUGCUGGAAUGCCUACGAAUACCCAGUUGGCUUCCUAUAUGUCCUCACACCACAAGAGGCAAGCCUUCGUGAUGUACUUGCAAACUAAUCCUGGAGGAAUCACUAUAUUUGGAUGGACAGUUGAUCGGUCCCUUGUCAACACAAUUUUUUUCCUUGAAUUAAGUCUAGUUACCUUUGUUCUCAGCAAGACAAUAAUUUAAGGAGGAAAAGAAGAUUGCAAGCAGACACCAAGAACAAGAAGAAACCUUCUAAGUUUAGUUCUUCUGGCUUAGCGUUAUCAUUUUGCUGGAAAAUGGCCACAAAUAGCCAUAACUUUUUCUGGCGACUGAUGUUAAUAACUUUGCUCAAGCCAUGCCAGCACGUAACACGGACACGGCAGCGAACCAUGAAUGAAGGUAGAAAGGUAGGGACCAAGUUAUAUCUGUCAAUCUAUGGAACUGAGCUCUGUGACGUUUCUGUUCAAGGUGCUUUGCUUCUACCCAAGUAAGUCAUGUCUCCAGAAUUCUGUUCAUGAUUUUCAUUCCUCUCAUCAGUCAUUCAUGUUCUUCACCAUCAGUGAUCUUAGGAUUUUUCAUGGUGCAAGCUAACGACUCUCCCUGAAUUUAUUCUCAGCUUUGAAGAUUGAUGGGGGGUUUCAUCUAAUGACUUGAGCUCCAAUUCUCCAGAGCAGCAUUAUUAAUAUUGUCCUAAUACGUAAUCAAAGUUGCAUAUCUAUCAUAAAACUGGAAUAAUUUAGGAAACUGAUCAUGCCUACUUUUGUGUUGAAGAUUUCAGUCUCAGAAGAACAGGCAUGUUUAAGAGCGUUCGUGCAGUUGAGUUCGAAAGAAGUAGAAUGCAUCUAAUUAAGGCUUAGUUUUUUUUUUGGGGGGGUCAAAUGGAUUAGACAGCCCUCAAUCCUAGGCAUUAUCCACUCACCCACACCAUACUCACUCACAAUAUUAAGGGUUCUAUCACUACUUGGCAUCAGCCAAGUUUUGAACCCAUGUGCACAGUGCACUCAUUGCAAGGCAUAGGAGAUAACUACUAGACGAAGACUUGGUUUGAAUUAUGUGAAUAGGAUUCCCCACCCAACCUAGUGGAAACUUUCCUGUUCGCUGAAAUGAGAAAGUUGAACAAAGACCUGAGAAGUUAGAUGAUGUACAUAUCUCAGUUUUUUUCUCGAAGAAUUUCCACCCUUUUCUUCACUUUUUUUUUUUCGCAUAUUGAAGUGCACGUGCCAUGUGUUUAUUAAGUUAUUUACUAAGAACAGAAAGGUUGCUUUCUUCCGUGAUCUACGCACUUCAAGAGCUCAGUGUGCUAAUAUUUAAAUCUCAAUAAACGAUGUUGUAACUAA